GAGCCAAUGGGUGCGGUGAAGGUUGGUUUGAUCUAUGUGAACCCUGAGGGGCCUUUGAACGACCCGAACGAUCUGAACAGUGGGCAAAACCCAGAUCCAGAGAAGAGUGCCGUCGAGAUUCGGGAGGUGUUCGGCCGCAUGGGGAUGAACGAUUCUGAGACAGCUUCGCUGAUAGCAGGUGGUCAUGCUUUCGGCAAGUGUCAUGGUGCCGGCGUUAUGACGAGUGGCUUCGAGGGGCCGUGGACGACAACUCCUUCUCAAUGGACCAACCAAUUCUUGACUGGAAUGCUUGAUGAGGAGUGGGAGCAAGUCGCAACUCCAUCUGGGUCGGCGGUGCAGUGGCAGACGAAGGACAGGACCAGCAUCUUGGCUGGAACCAUGCGUCUGACAGCAGACUUGGCUCUUGUGAACGAUGAUGCGUACCUGGCGUUAGCGAAACAUUGGGUAUGUGACCAGCAGAAACUUGACAUAGCGUUUGCCGCGUCUUGGAAGAAGCUCGUGGAGUCUGGCGGUGGAUGGUUGCCCGUGGAAGACAGGAGGUGUGAGCCUGAGUCCAAGGUCACGUGGCCAGUGACACUCACGUCAGAAGAGUGCCUUGCCAUGGACAUCAAUCAGCGCGCAGUGUACAGGCACAUGCCGUUGACUACUCUGGGGCACGGGGCUGGUGGCACUUUGCACAAGAGUGCGGCGACCCAGCACGCGUGCAUGAUAGAGGCUGGGAGCAUCGAGGUGUUUCACAAGGAGCCCAUGGGUGCGGUGAAGGUUGGUUUGAUCUAUGUGAACCCUGAGGGGCCUUUGAACGACCCGAACGAUCUGAACAGUGGGCAAAACCCAGAUCCAGAGAAGAGUGCCGUCGAGAUUCGGGAGGUGUUCGGCCGCAUGGGGAUGAACGAUUCUGAGACAGCUUCGCUGAUAGCAGGUGGUCAUGCUUUCGGCAAGUGUCAUGGUGCCGGCGUUAUGACGAGUGGUUUCGAGGGGCCGUGGACGACAACUCCUUCUCAAUGGACCAACCAAUUCUUGACUGGAAUGCUUGAUGAGGAGUGGGAGCAAGUCGCAACUCCAUCUGGGUCGGCGGUGCAGUGGCAGACGAAGGACAGGACCAGCAUCUUGGCUGGAACCAUGCGUCUGACAGCAGACUUGGCUCUUGUGAGCGAUGAUGCGUACCUGGCGUUAGCGAAACAUUGGGUGUGUGACCAGCAGAAACUUGACAUAGCGUUUGCCGCGUCUUGGAAGAAGCUCGUGGAGUCUGGCGGUGGAUGGUUGCCCGUGGAAGACAGGAGUGACAUUUUUGGCGUCACAGAUAGCUGGCAAGAUACGGACUGCGUUGUGCAAGGAAAUUGCCAGGAGCCCAUGGGUGCGGUGAAGGUUGGUUUGAUCUAUGUGAACCCUGAGGGGCCUUUGAACGACCCGAACGAUCUGAACAGUGGGCAAAACCCAGAUCCAGAGAAGAGUGCCGUCGAGAUUCGGGAGGUGUUCGGCCGCAUGGGGAUGAACGAUUCUGAGACAGCUUCGCUGAUAGCAGGUGGUCAUGCUUUCGGCAAGUGUCAUGGUGCCGGCGUUAUGACGAGUGGCUUCGAGGGGCCGUGGACGACAACUCCUUCUCAAUGGACCAACCAGUUCUUGACUGGAAUGCUUGAUGAGGAGUGGGAGCAAGUCGCAACUCCAUCUGGGUCGGCGGUGCAGUGGCAGACGAAGGACAGGACCAGCAUCUUGGCUGGAACCAUGCGUCUGACAGCAGACUUGGCUCUUGUGAACGAUGAUGCGUACCUGGCGUUAGCGAAACAUUGGGUAUGUGACCAGCAGAAACUUGACAUAGCGUUUGCCGCGUCUUGGAAGAAGCUCGUGGAGUCUGGCGGUGGAUGGUUGCCCGUGGAAGACAGGAGGUGUGAGCCUGAGUCCAAGGCGACGGGGCAGCAAACAGACCCCCAAAAGAAUUUCCAUUCGGUGUGCGCCACGACGACCACUGAUGAUUCACAAGAAGCCAGCACUGCCACUAAAUUCUGUUUGUCGUUUUUGGCGGUGGUUUUCACCCCGUUCAGCCUUGGCGUGCACUCCUGGCUUGCGUAG